CGAUAAGUGGAGGGCGCCAUGAGGUUCCGGCCCUUUGUGCCUCACAUCCCUUUUGACUUCUAUGUGUGUGAGAUGGCUUUCCCUCGGGUGAAGCCAGCUCCAGAUGAGACUGCCUUCAGCGAAGCCUUGCUGAAGAGAAACCAGGACCUUGCACCAACUUCUGCUGAACAGGCUUCUAUCCUCUCUCUGGUGACCAAGAUUAACAAUGUGAUUGACAAUUUGAUCGUGGCGCCAGGAACAUUUGAAGUGCAAAUUGAAGAGGUUCGCCAGGUGGGGUCCUACAAGAAAGGCACCAUGAUGACAGGCCAUAAUGUGGCAGAUUUAGUUGUGAUCCUGAAAAUCUUGCCCACUUUGGAAGCCGUUGCUGCCUUGGGAAACAAAGUGGUGGAGAGCCUGAGGACACAGGAUCCUGCUGAAGUACUGACUAUGCUCACCAACGAAACUGGUUUUGAGAUUAGCUCUGCUGAUGCGACAGUGAAGAUCCUGAUCACCACUGUGCCCCCCAAUCUCCGCAAACUGGACCCAGAGUUGCACUUGGACAUUAAAGUCCUGCAGAGUGCCCUGGCUGCCAUCCGACAUGCCCGCUGGUUUGAGGAAAACGCCUCCCAGUCCACGGUGAAGGUCUUAAUCCGUCUGUUAAAGGACCUUAGGAUGCGGUUCCCAGGCUUUGAGCCCCUCACACCUUGGAUUCUUGACCUGCUUGGGCAUUAUGCGGUGAUGAACAACCCAACCCGGCAGCCUUUGGCUCUCAACGUUGCCUACAGGCGCUGCCUUCAGAUCUUGGCAGCAGGGCUCUUCCUUCCUGGAUCUGUCGGCAUCACUGAUCCCUGUGAGAGUGGGAACUUCCGAGUCCACACAGUCAUGACCCUGGAACAGCAGGACAUGGUUUGCUACACGGCUCAAACUCUUGUCCGCAUUCUCUCUCACGGCGGGUACCGGAAGAUCCUCGGUCAAGAAGGCGAUGCCAACUAUUUGGCGACUGAAAUGUCCACCUGGGAUGGAGUGAUUGUAACCCCAUCGGAGAAGGCGUAUGAGAAGCCACCUGAAAAGAAGGAAGGGGAAGAGGAGGAGGAGAACCAGGAAGAGACUGCCACUGCAGAGGAGGAGGAGAACAUGGAAACUCAGGACUGACCUCCCAGGGGAAUUCUCCCUGCCCCAAUUACCCGAUGGACAAAACACCCGAUGAAGUUGUAGGUCAGGACCAAGCCUGCGUCCGCCUCUUGUGUUAUUUCUAUUUGUUUUUAUAGUUCUUGCCAUUAAAAUGGUGUUUUCCUUUAA